CACUGCAUGCGCACCGAGAUACCCAUACACGCCAGUAAGACUGUGAUUUACAAUUCAAAAGGUUUUUUAUUUGGGUGUAAAUGCUGGAUAAAUAAAGUAGCAAUAACUAUAGCAAUAAUACGAACACCCCCACUAAGACAACGACGUAAACAACGCGAUCACACCAGGCAGAGUAGCGGCGCUAAUUAUCCUCUAUUUAAUGCAGUAGCGUAACAAUUUGUACAAUAAAGACGUAAAAUUCCGCUCUAAAACCACUGUGAAACACCACUUGUCGUAAAAAUGAGCAAUAUAUACAUUCAAGAACCACCCACGAACGGAAAGGUCUUGUUAAAGACCUCCGCGGGUGAUAUCGACAUCGAGCUGUGGUCCAAAGAAGCUCCUAAAGCAUGUCGGAACUUUGUCCAGUUGUGUAUGGAAGGUUAUUACGACGGGACAAUAUUCCACAGGGUGGUACCUGAGUUCAUUAUUCAGGGUGGAGAUCCAACAGGGACGGGGACAGGAGGAGAGUCCAUCUAUGGGGGGACAUUUAAGGAUGAGUUUCACACCAGACUGCGCUUCAAUCGAAGAGGUUUGGUUGCCAUGGCCAACGCCGGGACGCACGACAACGGGAGCCAGUUCUUCUUCACGUUGGCACGUGCCGACGAGCUCAACAACAAACACACCAUUUUUGCCAAAGUGACCGGAGACACGGUCUAUAACAUGCUAAGGUUAGCGGACGUGGCAUGCGAUAACAACGAGAGACCUUUGAAUCCCCACAAAAUAAGAACUGCUGAGGUGCUGCACUGUCCUUUCGAUGACCUUGAGCCACGUGAAACCAAAAAAUCAAAGAAGGAAAAAGAAAAAGAGGAAGGAAAGAAAUCACAGUCAAAAGCCACAAAGAACUUCAGUCUGCUGUCGUUCGGCGAGGAGGCCGAAGAAGACGAGGAGGUGGUCAAUCAAGUCAGCCAGAGCAUGAAAGGAAAGAGCAAAAGCAGCCACGACCUUCUGAAGGAUGACCCCAGACUGAGCUCCGUUCCAGCUGUCGAUAAAAAAGAGAAGACAUCUGGCGAUGAAGCAGAGGAGGACGAUGAGCGCGAGAAAAUGAGCGAGCUGGUUCGAGCCAAACUUACAAAAGAAAAAAGCGCGGGAAAAGCCGGCGAGUCCCAAGAUGAAUACGAGCGCGGGAAGAAAAGCAGCCGCAGCGAAGAGUUGCGCAAGGAAGUUCGUCAGUUGAAGAAGGAGCUCAGGGCAAUGAAGCAAAAAGACGACGACCCCAAGCCGGCCAUGGAUGAAGUCGAGGAGGAAAGCAAAGAGCCGACCAGCGAGGCUGUGGCCGAGUACCUGGAGGAAAGGAAGAAGUACGAGGAGCGGAGGAAAGAGAAACGCAGGAAAGGCUCGGGGAGAGAGCAACAGACAAUGGAGCUCCUCAACCGUUUCAAGGACAAGCUAUCGACGGCCAUAAGCGAAGCCCCGGAGGAAGAAGAGGAUGAGGAAGAGCUAGCCGAGGAUGACGACAAAGGAUGGCUUGGCCAUGUGCUGCACUUUGACGAGCAGUCCAGGAAGGUCAAAGACGCAACCAUGCAGGACGAGGACACCUUUGAAAUCUACGACCCACGGAACCCCGUCAACAAGCGGCGACGGGAGGAGAGCAAAAAGAUCAUGAAGGAGAAGAAAGCUAAGCGUUGAAUUCGCGCAAUGUCCCGGCGAGUGGACUUUGGCUUCAAAAUGUCCGAGACCUAUUUAGACUCGGUGAAGCAAUUCCCCAACAUCUGGAUUCAAAUUGCGUCGUGACCACGAUGGGACACUUUUGGACUGCAACUUACGAGUCAUUUGUGAUGUUUGUUUGUGACGGAACGGGGUGAUAAUAAAGUGUUACGGAGCUGGAACAA